AGGCCAGCGCCGCAACCUCCCUUGGCUUUGCCCCCUUGCCUUUGCCUGCUCCCCAACUUUUCUCCCCGCCUGCUCCCAUCCGGGGGGGUCUCCGCAGCUUCAGGGGAGCCCAGGGCUUUGCAAACGCCUGAGCAUUUAUUUCUUAUCAAAAAAAUAAUAAUAAUAGAAGAAGAAAGAAAAAAAGAAAAGAAGAAAGAAAGAAAAAAACCACACACACAGCCAAUCCCAGCGGUGGAGCGAGUCGCAAUGCACCCACAGCCCCGCUCUCCAAGGCUGCUCAAGCCCGCUCCGGAUCCCAGGGCGCGCCCCAAAUUCGUCUCUGGCUCUUGUACUAGCGCCUGUGCACGCCCCUGAGCUCGGGACGCGGGGUUUCUGGAGAGGAAAGAACCCCGGGACCGAGCCCCUUUUGAUGUCUGGGCGUUUUGGCCUCGAUUCCUUGCCAUCAAGUCCCGGAGGGCACCACCAAAUCGACUCGGGCCACUGCAAACAGAGGGCCUAAAGGCUGGGGCCCCAUCACUGCGGUGGCCUUCCAGGCAGCCCCCAGACAGGAAGAAGCGCGAGGAACAAAGGGGGCCCUGAGAGAGCCUAGUCUUUCAGCCCUGCGCGCAACCGUCCGUGGAAGAGAAGCAGCCUCAGCCUCAGCCUCAGCCUCAGCCGAGCCCAGUCAACCUGGGCGCGGGUGGAACUUUACAGCCCCGGGAGCGACUGGGUUCCCGAAGGACCCGGGCUUCGGAUUCCCGCUCCUUGCCUCCGAUCGUGCCGGUGCUGCCACCACAGCAGCUUUCAGGACCUAAGGAGGGGCCCAGGGCCGUGGGAGCGGCAAGAGUUCUGGUUUCCAAACGUGCCAGGGGCGCCUGCGACGCUGGGCCUCCAGCGAGGAGAUCCCCCCAUGCCUUUCGGCUAUAUUCGUGGUUUACUUUCGUCUUUCAGAUCCCAGGAAAAUAACUACGGAGAUACUACUGCCACGAAAUGCUUUCCUUAGCGCGCUCAUUUUACUCCUGGAGGUUUAAGCAAGACCCUAAUAACUCGGCCCACGGAUCCCCAGCCCCCAAGCAGCUUCUGUGGCUGCGGGGAGCCUGGGCCCACUCGCUGGGUUCACAGAGAACCCUUCGACUUGGGGCCCGGGUGGCUAGAGGAAAAGGACCCAGUGCUGAAGAUUCUCCAGGCUGGAUACUUAAAACAAAUCAAAUAGCAAACUAACGACGUGAAAACCAUAUUUACACGAAAGAAAAAUCGAAACUGGUUAUAAAAGUGUAUGGAAUUUGACCUCGCCUCGGAGAAGCACUACACAAAAGCUAUCUUUAAUAGACGCCUGUCAUUUAAGAGCGGCAGGGACACUGUCCCUCAUGCGCUCGCAAAAACAGAGCCAUAAUUGUAGCUGCUGCUGUGGGCAGGAUUUAUUUCUCCAAUUGGCUAAAUGGCCUCCCCCCUCCCCCGAAGGUGAUAUCUGUAUUUUCAAAUUUCAGAGCUGCCGGCACCACGGGCAGAACCGACCCCCAACCUCGACACAAAAAUAAGAGGGGCUACACAGCGGGGAAAUAAAGUUGUUGUAAAUAAAAUCCAAGUCACCAUCUUCCCCCAGUCCUCUGCAUCCUCGCCGGGCACGCGAUCGGCAGCUGACGGCCUCACAAUUGGUACAUCCUAAUGGAACUGCGAGGGAAAUGCAAUAAUUUUGCCAUAAUGGGCUGUAACCUCAAUUCGACCCCGGCCCUUGCAGCCCCGGGUCGGAAGCGGGGCGAUGCGCCCUGCCUCCAGCGGGUGGCGCUCGAGUCCGACUGAACGGCGGCGGCGGGCGGCGGGCACGCGCCUGGGGCGCGCGCGCCACCCCUCUUGCCUCCACCCAACUCCCCCAUUAGUGCACGAGUUUACCUCUAGAGGUCAUCAGGCAGGAUUUACGACUGGACAACAAAAGCACGUGAUUCGAAGUCGUACCCCAUAUUUGGGUGCCUACGUAGGAGGGAACCAAGUACAUGUCCCAGUCAUUUCCAUAAUUCAUCAUAAAUUGUGCAAGGGUGCUAUAGACGCACAAACGACCGCGAGCCACAAAUCAAGCACACAUAUCAAAAAACAAAUGAGCUCUUAUUUUGUAAACUCAUUUUGCGGUCGCUAUCCAAAUGGCCCGGACUACCAGUUGCAUAAUUAUGGAGAUCAUAGUUCCGUGAGCGAGCAAUUCAGGGACUCGGCGAGCAUGCACUCCGGCAGGUACGGCUACGGCUACAAUGGCAUGGAUCUCAGCGUCGGCCGCUCGGGCUCCGGCCACUUUGGCUCCGGGGAGCGCGCCCGCAGCUACGCGGCCGGCGCCAGCGCGGCGCCCGCCGAGCCCAGGUACAGCCAGCCGGCCACGUCCACGCACUCGCCUCCGCCCGACCCGCUGCCCUGCUCCGCCGUGGCCCCCUCGCCCGGCAGCGACAGCCACCACGGCGGGAAAAACUCCCUGGGCAACUCCAGCGGCGCCUCGGCCAACGCCGGCAGCACCCACAUCAACAGCAGAGAGGGGGUUGGCACAGCGUCCGGAACCGAGGAGGACGCCCCCGCCAGCAGCGAGCAGGCGAGCGCGCAGAGCGAGCCGAGCCCGGCGCCGCCUGCCCAACCCCAGAUCUACCCCUGGAUGCGCAAGCUGCACAUAAGUCAUGACAACAUAGGUGGCCCGGAAGGCAAAAGGGCCCGGACGGCCUACACGCGCUACCAGACCCUGGAGCUGGAGAAGGAAUUCCACUUCAACCGCUACCUGACCCGCCGAAGAAGGAUUGAAAUAGCACAUGCUCUUUGCCUCUCCGAGAGACAAAUUAAAAUCUGGUUCCAAAACCGGAGAAUGAAGUGGAAAAAAGAUAAUAAGCUGAAAAGCAUGAGCAUGGCGGCGGCGGGAGGGGCCUUCCGCCCCUGAGUAUUUGAGCGUUUAAAGUACUGAGCAGUAUUAGCGGAUCCCGCGUAGUGUCAGUACUAAGGUGACUUUCUGAAACUCCCUUGUGUUCCUUCUGUGAAGAAGCCCUGUUCUCGUUGCCCUAAUUCAUCUUUUAAUCAUGAGCCUGUUUAUUGCCAUUAUAGCGCCUGUAUAAGUAGUUCUGCUUUCUGUUCAUCUCUUUGUCCUGAAUGGCUUUGUCUUGAAAAAAAAUAGAUGUUUUAACUUAUUUAUAU